AUGCCCGCAGACCGCAUCACCACCUCGUUCUCAGAGGCACAGAGACUGGGACUCCCGCUCUCGUCUCACGGGCCACGACACGCUCCCAGCAUCGCUCGAGGAAACGCCUGCGGGACGUGCAGGAAGCGCAAACUCAAGUGCGACGGCGUCAAACCCCUCUGUGGGUCGUGCCGCAAAUCGGCCGUCGUGCACGGCGAAGACCCGGAGCGCGUCCAGCCGUGCGAGUACGCAGACCCGAAUGCGCCGAAGAAGAAGCGCGCGUCGCCUGGAUCCAAGGUUGCGGCGCUCGAGGACACGAUCGCCAACUUGAAGGCGAUGCUCGCCAAGGCCGGCAUCGACCCCGAGAACGGCGAGAGCAGCUCCGAGUCGUCGCCCGCCCCUCAGCCUUUCCCUCAGUACACCGCUUCGUCAGCCAGCUCGUCCGGCAGCAUCGCACCAGCAAACUUUGCCCUGCCCAACCUUGGCUUCACGUCGCCGCAGACGUACCCGACGACUUCGGCUGCUGUGACGUCGCUCCCCGACCCGCUCUUGUCGCAACCGGCCUUCAGCCUCCCUCCGACGCUCGACAUGAACUCGUUCACCGACGCGACGACGGCGGCGGGGCACAACUUUCCCUUCCGGUCAUCGAGCAUGCGGGACCUCCCUCUCCCGCGACAAGCGGCGGCGGCGGCGCCUCAACAGCCCAGUCCGCCCUUCACGACCAGCAGCUCAAUAAACGACGCGACGCCUCCUCUCACGCCCCCCUCUCCCUUCUUCUACGAGCUCUUCUACCCCGGCUGGCCCAAGUCCCUCCCCUCACCCGACCUCACGACCCGCCUCAGCGAAAUCUACUUCUCGAAACCGCACAUCUGUCAAGGCAUGAUCGACCCGUCCAGGUUCCGCGCCGACAUGCUCCUCCCCCCAACCGCGUUUGGGUUCCCGCAUCUCUCGUUGCUCCAUGCGAUGUGCGCCGUUGCGGCAAAGAUGGUCUCGCCCGAUUAUUUUGCGAGCGAGGAGAUGUAUUGGGUUGGGUAUAGUAGUCCGAGCGAGUACCAUUUCGCUCAAGCAAAGGUCGCGCUCGACUCGGCCGUCGGCAAAGGAGCCAAGUUCCUCCGCAUCGCGCAGGCUUCAGCGCUCCUCACCUACUUCUGCUACACCGAAGGGAAAUUCGCCGACCUCUGGAUGAUGGUCGGCAACGCCACCCGUAUCUGCACUCCCCUCGGCUUGAACCACCUCCGCGCCGCAUCGGACGAGCCCGCCCAGCCGGCGCACUACAAAGGCUACCUCAUGCAGGGGACAGACGACCAGGAGGAACUGUACGAACGGUCGAUGGUGUUUUACAAUGCGUUGAUGGCGGACCGGUUCUCGUCCGCUUCGACGGGGUGGGCUACGAGUAUCGAUGAGGAGGACUACACGACGCCUAUCCCUUCGCUUGCGCGUCGUCAGCCGACCUCCCCUCUCGAGCUGAGCGCCCUCUCGCCUCGCAACCCAAACUUCUGGAUCGCCCACCCACCUCACCUCGUCGGCCCGCUCCAGCUCUUCCUCAAGGCCGUCAUCCUCCUCGGCAAGGCCGUCCAGUUCACCCAGCGCGCACCGCAUGUCCUCCGGUCGGCCGCGCAGGCCAUGUCGCUCAAUGACCCGAUCAGGGAUGUUCGCUCGACCGACGCCUUCAAGCGCAUCGACGCCAUGAUCGCCACCUUCCUCGCCUCGAUCCCUCGCGAAUACCAGUUCACGCACCGCCCAACACCCGGCGUCGCGCCCGACGUCCUGACCGAAACGCGUCUCUGCCUCACGCACGCGAUGAGCCACAACGCCACCAUCCUCUUGCAUGAGCCGUGGGUCAACUCGAUCAGUGAUCAGGACGAGGGGAUGAGGAAGUGCUUGACGAGCGCGAAUGAGAUCCUCAACACGAUCUUUGUCAUCAUCGGCACGUCGUACGAGGUCUCGCGCCUGUCGCCGUUCAUCAACUUUUGCUGGGCCGUCGCUGGACGCACCUUCGUUCGCAAGCUAGCGAUGCUCCUCGUCCAGAAAAUCCCCCAGGGCCAGGAGGAGAUGAAGAGCAACGUGCAGACGAUCCUCGCCGUCCUGCGCGCGCACAAGACUCCUCUCGGCGACAUGUCGGCUUUGCAGCUCGAGUUUCUCCUCGAGAACCCCUUGCGCACGCUUCCCCCGGCGCUUCUCAAGCUCGUCGACCCGUCGCUGCACCCGGCACCGAGCAACGUACCCGACUGCAAGUUCCUCAUCGCCGCAGGUGCCGAGGGCUGCUACACCGAGCCCAACCUCGAAGACCACGAGCCGCUUUUCUCGAGCGCCACGUCGGCGUCGGCAUCGGCGUCGAUCAGGAUCGACAGUGUCGUCGAGGAGCUCUUGCGAGGCGAGGGCGCCUUCUCGGCCAAGAGCACGGCGUCGAUGGCGAUGGAGAUGGACACCCUCGCUGCCUCUGCUGAUGGCAGGACCAUUGGCGGACUGAAGAGCGGGGAAGGGUGGUACGCCAAGGCUGACCUGGGCACUAUCGAGGCGUUGCUCGAGGAGCAGGGCGUCUGA